CCGACCCGUUACUCAAUCUUUUCCAAUUCCCCAACGCACAAAGCUUCCCUCUCCAUUCUGCGAUCCAACCUUGCCUCCUUCCUUCUUCCCAGUCGUUUCACCUCCGCGUCCAUCUACAGUUAUCCCUACGCGUCUAUCUUUUUCACCGUAUAUAAAAAUCGUGAGAUAUUUAUUUAAUAAUGAUGGAAACUUCUAGAGGGAGAAGAUUAUUAUGACCCAUUAGCCACGAUUUUAGAGACGCAUACUCGCAGAUUUUACAGAGAAAUUGGAGGAUCGUUAGAUUUGAGAGGUGGGUUAUUGAGAGCCAGAGAGAAAAGAAAGUGAAUGGGGCCUGGAGCUGUAUUGACUGCGGCUGCGAAACAAGCUGAACAAUUAAGAAUCGAUGGGAACACCUAUUUCAGAAAGGAUCGAUUUGGAGCUGCAAUUGAUGCUUAUACUGAGGCAAUUACUUUGUGCCCUAAUGUUCCUAUUUAUUGGACGAAUCGAGCUCUGUGUCAUCGGAAACGGAAGUAUUGAUUGGACAAAAGUUGAAGAGGAUUGUCGCAAAGCGAUUGAAAUUGACCACAAUUCUGUCAAGGCCCACUAUAUGUUGGGACUUGCAUUGCUACAGAAGAAUGAGUUAGCUGAAGGAAUAAAGGCAUUGCAAAGGGCUCUGGAUCUUGGUAGGGGUGCAGACCCAAAGGGUUAUAUGGUAGAAGAGAUCUGGCAAGAGCUAGCAAAAGCAAAAUACAUGGAAUGGGAGCAAGCAUCUACUAAGCGUUCAUGGGAACUGCAAAGCUUGAAGUAUGUAAAUCCCAUUGUCUUUGUUUCUCACAGAGAAGCCUGUGAGAAUGCUCUGAAGGAGAAACAUUUCCUUGAUAAUUCUCAGACAGAAGGAUUCUUGGACGAGACAAUUGCUUCCCAUUUGAAACAACUGGAGGCUUUAGGACAAGUGUUUGAGAGAGCUGUAGAAGAUGACGCACCAUCAGAGGUGCCAGAUUAUCUAUGUUGUAAAAUCACGCUUGAUAUAUUCCGUGAUCCUGUGAUUACUCCAAGCGGGGUUACAUAUGAAAGAGCUGUUAUCCUCGACCAUCUAAAGAAGGUGGGCAAGUUUGAUCCAAUCACCAGAGAACCACUUGAUCCAUCACAGCUAAUACCGAACUUGGCUAUAAAGGAAGCAGUCCAAGCAUAUCUUAGAAAACAUGGUUGGGCUUACAAGAUGGACUGGAUUUGAUUGUUUGGGGAUUUACUCGAAAGAGAAGUUGAUAUUUGAGCUUCGACGUCCCGAGGAACUAACAAUAGUAGGGCAGAGCUAAUUCUUUCAAACGUUUGGUAUUGUCUCUCAAGUGCAUCAUCAAUCAGAGUCUGGUAUGCACUUUUUGGCUUGUGCUUCAAAGCGUGAAAUGUGAUGCCAUGUGAAUUGUGUUACGAGAAAUCGUCAUCUUUUGAGUUGUACAGCUUCUAUUGUCAUAUAUUUAUGUUGCUACAGUUACUGCAUGUACAUAAAAUGUACUAAAGUCAUCAUGGUAUUGUCUUAUUUUUAUUCUGUUUUUUCCUUC